AUGUCAACUGAUAACGCACCCCUCGCAGCAGCUACGGGUCAAGUUUCUCGUAUAGCGCUGAAGCUUCCCCCUUUCUGGAGAGCAAAUGUUCGCCUAUGGAUUUUGCAGUGCGACAACGCAUUCCUUUACAGCGGAAUUACAGCCGAUGAAACGAAAUAUGCAGCGUUAGUUGCCAAUAUCGACUCAGAGACUCUGUCACACGUAUCGGACAUUGUACUGAAUCCUCCAGCGCAAAAUAAAUACCAGGCUCUUGCACAGCGACUCAUAUCGGAGUUUUCUGAAUCAGAAACUCUUACCAUCAAAAAGCUGCUUUCCGACCUCCAGCUGGGAGAUGACCGUCCAAGUCAACUCCUUCGAAAAAUGAAGGAACUCUCUGCAAACCGCUUAGAUGACAAUUUUCUCAAGAACUUGUGGAUGCAAAGAAUGCCGCAGCACAUUUCGACAAUUUUAUCCGCCAGUUCCGAGUCCUUGGAUAAUUUGUCGAAGAUAGCGGAUAAAAUCGCGGAAGUUUCCAUGCCGCACUCUGUUUUCGCGACAACAAGCAGUGUUCCGCCGCCUGCUCCUGAAUCCCCCAUGGAGAAGUUGGAGCGUCAAAUUUCGGAGCUCACGCGGAAAGUCGACGAGCUGUCCACCCGAAACUCCCGUUCUCCGUACCGCAGAAGUUCGACCAACCGUCGGCGCUCCUAUUCAAGAAAUGAACAGCGUCCCAGUGGAAUGUGCUAUUACCGUAGUUUUCAACAAAAUGCAAAAAAGUGUACGGCACCUUGCAAUUUCAACGAUCAAAAAAACGGUCUCACUCCGCCAUAG